AUGCAUAGUAUGAAAGAAAGAAGAUACUAUAGCAUAUAUAAAAAAGAUAACAAAAUGGAAGACCUUGGGAAUAAAAACAAAAAUAAGAUACACUUUAUAAGUGUAUCAUUAAUGAAUUGCCUGAGUGUAAUUAUGUUUAUUAUAUUAUAUAUUAUCUCUCUGCAUAUAUUUUUUUAUAAGACCAACUCUUUUCAUUUGUCUUUACGCGAACCAGUACCAUAUGCUAAUCGUACAUACAACAGGAUUUUAUAUUCUACUGAGAAAAAGAAGGUUAACAGAAGGGAACAGAUACGAACCCAAAGAGAACCACAAAAAUCUAAUUAUAAAGCGUCUAUGAAAAAUUAUCUAAAAUGUGUAAAGAGUGCCCCAUAUAUCGAUGAUGCAAAAUAUGGAGCCUUAAUAUCCGAAGAGGAAGAAAGAGAAAUGAAGAUGAUAAAAAAGAUGGAACUAGAAGAAUUGGAAAAAAGAGAUGAACUAAUGGAAAAAAGAAGACUUAGAAGAAUAGAGCGAAUGAAGAAAAAGGAAGAAGAGAAGAGGAUAAAAGAAGAAGAGGAAAGGAUAAAAGAAGAAGAGAAAAGAAUAAAAGAAGAAGAGGAAAGAAUAAAAGAAGAAGAGAAGAGGUUAAAAGAAGAAGAAGAGAGGAGGUUAAAAGAAGAAGAAGAGAGGAGGUUAAAAGAAGAAGAAGAGAGGAGGUUAAAAGAAGAAGAAAAGGAAAGAUUAAAAAUGUUAGAAGAAGAUAAAUUGUAUAAGGAAAGAGAAGAACAAAAAAAAAACAAAUUAAAUGUAGAGGAAGAGGUAGUAACAUUUGAAAGAUUGAAAUCAAAAAAGAUGGAUGAAAAAGAAGAUACUGUAGUAGAGAAAAAAGAGAAUGUGGAAGAUCAAAAGGAUACCGAAGAAGUAAGAGAAGAAGCAUCAGAAGAUAAAGGGGAUAUUGAAGAAGUAGGAAAAGAGGAGGCAUCAGAAGAUAAAGAAGAUACUGAAGAGGUGAAAGAACAAGAGGUAUCAGAAGAUAAAGAGGAUGCUGAAGAAGUAGGAAAAGGAGAGGUAUCAGAAGAUAUAGAGGAUAAGGAAGAAGAAGGAGAAAAAGAGGUAUCAGAAGAUAUAGAGGAUAAGGAAGAAGAAGGAGAAAAAGAGGAAUCAGAAGAUAAAGGGGAUAAGGAAGAAGAAGGAAAAAAAGAGGUAUCAGAAGAUAAAGAGAAUGCUGAAGAAGUGAGAGAAGAAGAGGCAUCAGAAGAUAAAGAGGAUGCUGAAGAAUUAGGAAAAGGAGAGGUAUCAGAAGAUAUGGAGGAUAAGGAAGAAGAAGGAAAAAAAGAGGAAUCAGAAGAUAAAGAGAAUGCUGAAGAAUUAGGAAAAAGGGAAGUAUCAGAAGAUAAAGAGAAUGCUGAAGAAGUGAGAGAAGAAGAGGCAUCAGAAGAUAAAGAGGAUGCUGAAGAAUUAGGAAAAGGAGAGGUAUCAGAAGAUAUAGAGGAUAAGGAAGAAGAAGGAGAAAAAGAGGAAUCAGAAGAUAAAGGGGAUAAGGAAGAAGAAGGAAAAAAAGAGGAAUCAGAAGAUAAAGAGAAUGCUGAAGAAGUAGGAAAAGAGGAGGCAUCAGAAGAUAAAGAGGAUGCUGAAGAAUUAGGAAAAGGAGAGGUAUCAGAAGAUAUAGAGGUUCAGGAAGAAGAAGGAGAAAAAGAAGAAUCAGAAGACAAAGGGGAUGCUGAAGAAUUAGGAAAAGGAGAGGUAUCAGAAGAUAAAGAGGAUAAGGAAAAAGAAGGAAAAAAAGAGGAAUCAGAAGAUAAAGAAGAUACUGAAGAGGUGAAAGAAGAAGAGGCAUCAGAAGAUAAAGAGAAUGCUGAAGAAGUAGGAAAAGAGGAGGCAUCAGAAGAUAAAGAGGAUGCUGAAGAAUUAGGAAAAGGAGAGGUAUCAGAAGAUAAAGAGGAUGCUGACGAGGUAGAAAAAGAGGAGACAUCAGAAGAUGUAAGGGAUAAUGAAGAAGUAGGAGAAGGAGAGGUAUCAGAAGAUAUAGAGGUUCAGGAAGAAGAAGGAGAAAAAGAAGAAUCAGAAGACAAAGGGGAUGCUGAAGAAUUAGGAAAAGGAGAGGUAUCAGAAGAUAAAGGGGAUGCUGAAGAAUUAGGAAAAGAGGAGACAUCAGAAGUUAAAGGGGAUGCUGAAGAAUUAGGAAAAGAGGAGACAUCAGAAGAUAAAGAAUAUACUGAAGAAGUAGGAAAAGAGGAGGCAUCAGAAGAUAAAGAAGAUACUGAAGAGGUGAAAGAAGAAGAGGUAUCAGAAGAUAAAGGGGAUAUUGAAGAGGUAGAAAAAGAGGAGACAUCAGAAGAUAAAGGGGAUACUGAAGAAGUGAGGGAAGAUGAGGUAUCAGAAGAUAUAGAAGAUUCUGACGAAGUAGGAGAAGGCGAAGUAUCAGAAGAUAUAGAGGAUUCUGAAGAAGUAGGAAAAGAGGAAGAACCUUAUGAGAAAGGCGAUUAUGAAGAAGUAGGAAAGGAGGAAGCAUCAUAUGAUAAAGGAGAUGCUGACGAAGUAUCAGAAGAUAUAGAGGAUUAUGAAGAAUUAGGAAAAGAGGAAGAACCUUAUGAGAAAGGCGAUUAUGAAGAAGUAGGAAAGGAGGAAGCAUCAUAUGAUAAAGGAGAUGCUGAAGAAAUAGGAAAAGAGGAAGCAUCAGAUGAUAAAGGAGAUUCUGAAGAAUUAGGGAAAGAGGAAGAACCUUAUGAGAAAGGCGAUUAUGAAGAAGUAGGAAAGGAGGAAGCAUCAUAUGAUAAAGGCGAUGCUGAAGAAAUAGGAAAAGAGGAAGCAUCAGAUGAUAAAGGAGAUUCUGAAGAAGUAGGAAAAGAGGAAGCAUCAGAUGAUAAAGGAUAUUCUGAAGAAGUAGGAAAAGAGGAAGGAUCAUAUGAUAAAGGAGAUGCUGAAGAAGUCGAAGAUGAAGACGAAGAGCAUAUAAGGAGUAAAGAAGAAGUAAAGGAACCAGAAAUAGGAACUGAUAUCGAAGAAGAAAAUAAAGAAAAAUAUAUAAAAAAAUUAGAUGUGCAAGAUACGUUAUAUGAAAUUAAUGUUUUAAAUGGAGAAGAUAUAACUUCCUUUUUGGAAAAUAAAAAUAAAAUUAUACAAAAUGAAGGAGAAGAAGAUGAUGAUGAUGAUGAAGAUGAUGAGGAUGAUGAAGAUGGUGAAGAUGGGAAAGGUGUAUAUAUUAAUAUAGUUAAUAAUGUUCCUGGUAAUAUCUGGAAUGAUACAAUAUAUGAUGAUAAUUAUAAUAAUAAUACAUAUAGUAGUGCAGAAGAAUAUAUUUUUUAUGAAAAAAAAUUAGAUGAUAAUACAAGAAACAAUAUGAAAAGAAGUUAUUAUGACAUUUUAGAUGUAAAAGAAGAUUCCGAUAUAAAUGAAAUUAAAAGAAAGUUUUAUAAUUUAUCUUUAAAAUAUUACCCAAAGAUGAAUAAAGAUAAAAAUUUAGUGAUGAAUCAAAAAUUUGAGAAUAUAAGUGAGGCAUAUCAAAUAUUGGGUUAUGAAAAUAGACGGAAAUUAUAUGAUUUAGGAGAAUAUGAUGAAACAAAUAAAAUGAUAAUUAUUGAUCCAUUAAUAUUUUUUAAUUUAAUAUUUACAUCUGAUAUGAUGUAUGAAUAUACUGGAAAUACUCAAGUAUCUACUUUUGUAAAAUUAUUUUUUGAGAAAAAUAUUUCUGUUGAAGAUAUAUCUUAUUAUGUUGGUGAGAUUAUGAAAGAAAUGAUGGAAGGGCAAAAUAUAAGAGAAGAGAAAGUAGCUGAAUUAUUAAAAGAUAGAUUAGAUUUAUAUAUAGAUAAUGAAGAUGAAUGGAAGAAGUUAAUGGAAAAUGAAAUUAGCAUGUUAUUAAAGUCUUCAUUUUCUAGUUUUAUAUUAGAGUCUAUAGGAUGGACAUAUGAGAAUGUUUCUAAUAUUUUUUUAGAAGAAAAAGUAAAUUCUGGUAAAAAUAAAAAAGGUAUAUAUUUAAAAGAAGCUAAUGAGAGAAUUAUUAGAAAUUCAAUUGUUUUGAGACAAUGUAAAAGUCGUUUUAUAUCUAUAAUAACAAAUUAUUAUCCUUUUAAAGAACAAAAUAAUCCUUUUAUAAAGCAGGCACAAUAUGUAUCCUCAUCUAAUUAUGUAUUGGAUGAUAUAAUAAAUAAUAUAGACUAUAGUAUAGAUAAUAUACAUAGAGCCAUAGAUAAUUUAUACUAUGAACAUAUAUUAAAUUUAUUAGAGGAAGAAAAAAAUGAAAUACUAGAAGAAAUAUUAAGGAAUAUUCUAAAAAUUAUUUUGUGUGAUGUUGAAACAACGGUAAGAAGAUCAGCACAAAAAGUAUUACAAAAUGCAGAAGGAGAUACAAAUUUGAUGCUUAAAAGAGCUAAAGGAUUACAAUCAUUGGGUAAAAUGAUAUUACAGAAGGUUAAUUGA